AUGACUUCUAAUAGUGGUAACUCUGAGGAAGAUUGGUUAAUAUUUGAAAUUCUUUGUGGCAUUUCAACUUCGCCCUCUCAAGCAGUACUUCCUUCUGCAAACAAUUUGAUGCCUUUGGAUAGUGAUCAUAAUCACCAUUUACAUCAUCAUCACCAUCAUGAUCAUGUUACUGGAUUAUCUCCACACCAUCAUCAUCAUAAUUUGUUGGAUAGUAACUGUGGCAACAGUACCGCCUUAACAGUGACAGAACAUCAUCAUAACAUUGACCUGGUUACCACUUUGCGCAGUGAAUUGGCAGCAUUGUCCUAUAAAAAAGAAAGACUAACAAGUGAGUUAGCCGAUGCCAAAACUAAUCUCUGCGCAAAAGACACAGAAUGUGAAAAUCUUCGAGCUCAAGCAGCUCGACAAUCAGCUCUCAUAUCAUCUCUACAAAGUCGUCUGCAGGCGGCUGAAAAUCGUGAGCAAUCAGUACAAUCGCGAUGCGAUACAACCAUUCAAACAAUUCAAAGAGAAAAACGUUCUGCAGAUGAAAGGAGUAAAGAGUUGCUGGCUAAAAUACAACAAUUGGAAAAUCAUUUGUCAAAUGAAGAAUCCCAAAAAGAACAGGCGCGAAAUCAACUAAAUGAGUUUAUCAGACGCUUAAGUAUAUGUUUUGGCAUGGAGGGAUGUGAAAAUGCCCACCUUACCACCGAUUGUGUAAUCACCAGAGCUGAAGAGCUAAUGACUGAAUUGCAACGUACCAAAGCCAAAGUUAAUUCCACCUGUGAUACCUUGAGUAGUUGUGAAAAUGAACUGCUAAAUUUGAAAUCACUUGCGAACAUAGAAAAACAACGUCUAACUGCCCAAUUGGAAAGUACUAGCAAUCAUGAGCACGAGUUGGAAGCCAGAUGCAGGCAAUAUGAGCGGGAUUUACAAAUGCAAAGGGAUCGUUUAAGUGAAUCUGAAAUAAACUCGGAAAAAUUAAAGGACGAAUUAAGAGGUUUUGAAUCUAGAUGUCAUCGUCUACAGGCCAAUUUAGAUCGUGUACAAAAUGAUCGUUUACAAUUCCUUCGUUGUUUGGCAAAUCAUUUAAAUCUUGCCGAACCCUGUGAGACAUUGAUAAAGGACAAAUUGCGGGAAUUGUUGAGUGAAAACAAGAAUAUGCAUGAGCAAAUUCACACUUUACGUAAUCAAAUCUCUUGUGAGCAUGUCAAACUUAAAGAGACUCAGGAAACUACACAAUGUCGCUUGAGAAAUGAAGAAGCUCAAAAAUGUCAGCUAGAAGAGCGCUUGGAAAAAUUUCAUGCUGAGAUACAUUCACUACGUAAAGAUCAUAUGGGCCUGUCAGAAUAUUUGCAACGUUUAGCUAGAGCUUUACAGUGGAGUGAAUGUUCUUCACCACCUGCUUUGGGUAAUGAUACCAAUAUUAUGGCUGAGAGUCUAUUAGAAAGAGCAGAACGUUUGGCGAACGUUGUAGAAGAUCAUCAUCAACACGAUCAUCACCAUCAUCAACAUCAGCAUCGCAGUGCAGAUAAGAGUUGCUGUGAUCAUUAUCAUCAUACCCACACGAAAUUAAGAAGAGAAAGAUCUUGUCAUGAUAUACCGCUAAAAGAGAACACCAGCACAAUGUAUAAUCUUCAAAGAAAAGUACGAGUGCUAAAAGAACAAGUGCAACGUAGAGAUUUACAUUUGGAGUUACUUAAACGAAAACUGGCCAUUAUAGAAGAUGGAGCUAGAGGCAAAUGUUUACUGCAGGGAGAACGUGAUGAAGCAAUGUGUCGGGCUAAAAAAGCAAAUAAAGUUAUAGAUAAACUUACAGCACAGUUGGCUGAUGCUCGUUCCCAAAUAGCAGAAGUUAAAGCGCAAUUGGCAGAAGCUGUGGAAUAUAAAAUUACUGCUUUGGAAAGAGCUCGUAAAAUAGAUGACCUCACCACUCAAAUAUGUGAUUUAGAGGAAGAAAAAACUAGACUUUUGUCACAAGUAAGUGCCUUGAAAGAAAGACUUAAAUCGUCCAGUGAAUCCAAUCAAAAUAGAAGAUGUCGCGAUGAGACUCUGAUAAAUUCCUUGCGUGAUGACUUAACUCAUUUACAAAGUCAACUCUCAGACACUAAUCAUCGAUUAUCGCAUUUACAAAAUUUCCGCACUUCUGUGGCCAGAACAUUGCAUUUACGUGAUUUGCCCGAAACAGAUUUGUUGCAACGUUUACAGGCUCUUUGCUCAGCCCAUCAAGAAUUCACUAUGCUAUCAAAACGUUAUGAAAGUGCUUCCCCAGUGGGUGACCAUCCUUGUCCCCGUUAUGAUGAUCCCAUACCUUCUUCUAAUCACUGUCGCCCGCCUCGAUAUGUCGUAACACCAGAACCAAUUCCUGCGCCCUCCAGCAAUCAUGAUCAUAAUCAUAUGCACAAUCAUAAUAUAAGACAUGGUCACAAUCAUAGCCAUGGUCAUAAUCAUCCUCAUCGUUACCAUUAAACGCACCAACAUUGUAUUAAUA